AUGUGUUGCCCCCUCUGGAAUGGGUCAACUUGUGGGUUUAGCUCAGGGCGAGGAGUCUGUGCACCACAUCCUGCAAGGGACCUCCCAAAGCCAGAGGACUACAGGGUGAACUGGCCUCGUGUUUUCUAUGAUUCAGUAUGUACAUGCUGGGGGAACUAUGAUGGAUUUGACUGUGGUCAGUGCCUCCCGGGUUGGAGGGGACCCCAGUGUCUGCAAAGGUAUCACGUGGAGAGGAAAGAAAUAACAGAUCUGACGGAUUCUGAGAGGGAGACCUUCCUCUCAAACCUGCACCAGGCAAAACAGAGCCCCAGCAGCCGCUACAUGAUCCUCACAAGCAAUGACACAACAGUGGACGGGAACUACGCAUUUCACAACACAAGUGUCUAUGAUUUGUAUGUGUGGAUGCACUACUACUCAGCUAAGAGUUACGCUGGUUCUGAAAGUAAUGCUGCACACAGAGGCCCUGCUUUCCUCUUCUGGCACCGAAUGUUCCUACUCUUCAUUGAGAGGGAGAUCAGGGAGCUCACAGGGAACCAAGAUUUCUACAUCCCAUACUGGGACUGGACCAGAACCAACCACUGCAACAUCUGCACCAACAAGUACUUUGGGGGAGUUGGCCAAGAUGGCCACCAUAUGUCCAUUUCAGGAAAGUCUUGGUAUAAUCUGCAUCCACACUGA